AUGCUUCCUGAGGCCAAAGUCAUCCGUCUCCGGCGCGUUCUCGCGGCCUCGCUCUUCUUCGCCGUCGUUUCUCUCUCUUGCUUGGUCCUCUUAAGAGACGUUGAUUCCUACCGAUUCUUCUCCAGCUUACCUUCCUCUGGUUUUCCUAGCAUUUUUCCAUCGGCGUACAACGACACCGCUGCGACUAGCAAUGAAUAUUCACUUGAAAAAGUCCUUAACGAGGCUGCGAUGAAAGACGGAACUGUAAUCUUGACCACGUUAAAUGAAGCAUGGGCAGCUCCAAAUUCAGUCAUCGAUCUUUUCCUUGAGAGCUUUAGAAUAGGGGAUCGUACCCGUACGCUUUUAAACCAUUUGGUAAUCAUCGCAUUGGACCAAAAGGCAUUUGCACGCUGUCAGAUUAUACAUGCCCAUUGCUUUUCUCUUGUUAGUGAAGAAGCUGACUUUCGUGAAGAAGCGUAUUUUAUGACUCCUCGCUACUUGACGAUGAUGUGGCGAAGGAUUGAUUUCCUACGUUCUGUUCUUGAGAUGGGUUACAAUUUCGUGUUCACAGAUGCCGAUAUCAUGUGGUUUAGGGACCCAUUUCCUCGGUUUCAUCUUGAUGCUGAUUUCCAGAUAGCGUGUGAUCAUUUCACAGGUAACUUUGAUGAUGUACAGAACAGACCCAACGGAGGGUUCAACUUUGUAAAGUCCAAUAAUAGGUCAAUAGGGUUUUACAAAUUCUGGUACUCUUCAAGAGAAACUUAUCCUGGGUACCAUGAUCAAGAUGUCCUUAACUUCAUCAAGGUUCACCCUUUCAUUACUGAUAUUGGACUGAAGAUGAGGUUUUUGGAUACAGCUAAUUUUGGUGGGCUUUGUGAACCAAGUAGGGAUUUAAACCAAGUUUGCACGAUGCACGCAAAUUGUUGCUUUGGUAUGGAUAGCAAGCUCCACGAUCUUAGAGUUAUGCUUCAGGAUUGGAAACAUUAUUUAUCCUUGCCUCCAAGCUUGAAGAAGUUGUCGGUUGUUUCCUGGAGGGUUCCUCAGAAAUGCAGCCUUGAUUCUUUCAGGCACAAUGGUUCAGCAGAGAAGACUAGUCAAGAUUAA